AUGGCGAUAAUCUACCUCAAACUUGCUACAAGACACUGGUACAUCGAAUCGACUGAGGCUGGUGACUUUGGUAUCUCGCCGGCAGCUCGUCUUCUCAACGUACUCUUCCCGUGGGAGGCAGGACCAACCGCAACCGCCCCACAGAAGAUCCCUUGGCUAGCAAACGGCUUGGGCUCUGGCCUAACGCCGACAAAAGAUACAGCCCUUUCUAUUCUUGUGGCAGCACGUGUGCGCGCCGCAGCUAAUCAGAUCGCAGCAAUCUUGGUCCAUUCCCCAGGAGCACACGACGCGAUGGACAAAGGCCCCCAGCUCCUCCCUGCAUACACUGGCAGCUGUAACCCGCCGAGACGCGCUAAACGUCUCCGCACGGACUCGCUCAGCCAACCCGCGGCAUCGUCGAGCGCCUCAGCGCAGCAACACAAGAUUCUGCCCAAACCAUCAGCGUCGGUCGACCUCGAUAGUGACGCAGGCGAGUCGGACAGUACGACGCCGCCGCCACCGCCCAGGCGCCGCGGCAGGAAGCCCGGGGUGUUAUCGCGCUCUGCGCGGGAGUCGUUGCGCAAGGAGAACCAUUCGCGGAUCGAGAAGGCGCGCCGAACCAAGAUCAACGAUGCCCUAGCAACUUUGCGGGAGCUCGUGCCCGCUACGUACCCAAGGGAAGUAGAGGAGGGGAAGGUUAAGACGAAAAGGGACGAGAAGCAGAAGGAGUUCAAGCUCGAGGUGCUCGUGCGGACGGUCGCGUACAUGCAGGAUUUGAUUGCGAAGGUGAAGAUUUUCGAAGACGGACAAUGUCCGAGCUGCGGUGGCGACAGGAAGGCUCCUGCGGCGGCCGUUGAUACAGGUGCUAAGAGGAAGAGGCCGGUCGAGGACGAAGAGCCCUAUGAGCCGGAGACCGAAGAGGACGAACUGCACUCGGACGGGGAGGGCGAAGAACCCGCCGCAAGUCGCCCCAAACCUCAGGCGAAGCAGAGAGUCGAGAACAAGCCCCAAGGCACCAGCCCGGAGCCCAUCUCCGCCACGCCCACCAUGCUCCCCUCCAUCUCCUCCUGGUUGCCCAAGCCAUACAUGGACCCCAGCUACAUCGCCCUCUCGACCUCGACCUCGACCUCUCCUCAGAUCCACCCGCACGUCCCCGCGCUGCAACUCCCCUCCCCGCCCUCAUCAACGCAGUUCCGCCCUACGGCUAGUACGCAACUCCCUCCCUCCCUCGCUUUACCAUCGCCGCACGCGACUCCCCUGCUGACCUCGGCUUUUUCGCCUCCUCCGAGGAGGCGCGCAGAGAGCCUGUCGCUUCCGCAGGCAUGGACGGUGGACGACGAGAGCGCAGCAUCGAUGUUGCUGCGAAUUAGCUCCAGCUCGUCGUCAUCGAGUGACGAUGCGAACGCCGGCGUCAUUGCUCGGGCUGGGCGGGAGGAGGUAGGGAUUCAAGAUGGGCAAGGUGUAUCACACGAGCAGAAAGCUUUCAUGCCUUUCUAUUAUGUAUUAUCGAUGGAACACGACGGAAAGGGAGGGGAGAAGGUCCUUAGCCUGAGGUGCUCUUGCAUGGACGCCGGCUCCCGACUCUCCCCGAUGCAAGCGGCCAGCGAUUGGCCUGCCUCCGAGUCGACAUACAUUGAGGUACAGUUUGACUCGUGGAAUGGGUUUAUCGCGUUGACGAAGUUCUGA